UUGGAUACAAACCCUCCAUGACAGAAGGAGUCGGACGGUAGCUAUGCGCUCUCUGCGGUUCAUAAGUGCGGAGGCUCUGGUAUCCGACACGCAGCGGGUCAGGAGGAAUCUCGGCAGUGUUGCACACAAUCUUUUCCCCCUGCUUUUCAAGGCCGGUUUCUUGCAGGAGCAGGGCGACGUGAUCCAUGACCUAGUAGAAAACUGGCCGCUGCCAGAACUGAACAUCGGGAGACUGCUGGGCAGGACAGCAGAUCACGAGGAAGACCUCACCAGCAGAGCCUGCUUUGUGUGUUUGUCCAGCUGUCUGGCUGGUCUGAGAGACUAUGUGCUGAAUUGUUCCUCUCCCUACGCCAAGCGACUCAAAAUGGUGGACCUCACGGGCAUCAAAGAUGUGGAAGUUCAGCUCUGCAAAUGUCAGAAGACGCUGGGGCGCUGGGCCAGGACGGAGAUGCUCUGCAAGAUCUGCUUCGAUCUGCUUAUUGAGAUCCAAAGACGCCAGCUUGGCCCCUACGUUUCCGAGAUUUCUGUCGAUGUUCUCGUCAAUCUUUUUGUGACAGAGAGAAGCUAUGAGCUGGCUGUCCAGGCCUUGUUUUUGAGGCACCACAGCCCCCUGAAGAUUCACUGCGUGGCCUUCAGAGCAGACAACCUGGCCCCGCGCAAGCUCUUCUACAUCAUCAAGCUUGUGGAGCCCUCUUUGCUGCGCCGGUUCGAAGUGGUCCAUAAUGUGCGGCUGGAAAUGGAGCACCUGCAGGUCCUGCUGAAUAACGUCCACUUCCCUCAGCUGACGGCCCUCAUGCUCCCAGCGAGGACCUUUGACGUGAGGAGAUUUGCUCCGGAGGACGAAGCCACCCUGGCGAGCACUGGAGAAAAGCUAAGCCAGAUGACCCAACUGACGGAGCUGAGCCUGCCGUUUUCCACCCUCACGGGAAGGAUACGCAAACUGCUCAGCCCAUUGAAAACCCCUCUGAAAGUGCUGGAUGUCUCUAACUGCUCCUUAAACCAUGCCGACAUGGCAUAUUUAGCCAACAGUCUUCAUUCUAACCACCUGGAAGUUCUAGAUCUCAGCGGACAUGAUGUGACAGACCUUUACCCAUCCACCUUCUUCAAACUUCUGAACCACUCGUCUCACACACUGAAGAGCCUCACCCUCGAGGAGUGCAACAUUCAAGACAUCCACGUCAACAUGCUGGUUUUGGGACUGGUCCCCUGCCGGAAGCUGGAGGAACUGAAGUUCCUCGGAAAUCCUCUAUCUUCUCGAGGGCUGAAGUGCCUUUUCAAUAUUUUCGUUGACUUUCUUAGGCUGAAAUAUAUUGAAUUCCCAGUUCCGAAAGACUGUUAUCCAAACGACAUCAGUUACCCAAUUAAUGAAGCCGAUCUUUCGAAAUUUGAUCGCCAGAAAUAUGAGAGGAUAGCGGAAGACCUUCACAUGAUUUUGCUGGAGGCAAAGCGUGACGACAUCAAGGCUUCCACGCCGCUCUUUGGCAGCUACGAUGCAGCAGUGCAGGAAACGGGGAAUGAACUGGGAUCCUUUUUGCUGAAGUCCUUCAGAGACGCCCUAGAGAGCUUCAGUAGGGCACUCCAGGAAAUUAACUGAAGUUUAAAGCUGACAAGCGGCACUUUUCCAAUCCGUGAAUCAAA